UGCAGAAGUCGCGGAAGUAAAUCAGCAGUCGAAGUACAGGGGCUUUCGUUCACUUACCGGUGCAAGCAACAGGACGCUCGUUAGGCCGAGGCCUGCAUCGUCCUGGGAACCUGACCUGACCUUGCUCCCAAACUGCAUGCGUCAACGAAGAAUGCGACCCCGCACCUGUUGCUAAUGACCAAACUUGUACCUACUGAUACGACCUAAUGAGGCUGGGCUUCUUGGAACAAUACAGGAAAGGAGGAGUGAUCGAAACGCUAUCUGCAACAAUCAUACCCCAACAACCGGAUCCAAGCACUGUUAUACCCUGCGUAAGCAAGUGCACAGACCCAUCGGCAUCUUCUGGAGCAUUGGAAUCUGUAUCGAUGGAAUCGGAAGAAACGCCGUAUUUGAAGUGCGAUAUUUCGGUUGUGUCCGACGGUAUGUCGUUUAUAAAGCUUUUUUUAUCGCUGAUUAUCCUUUCAGAUGAUGAGCCACCACUUUGGAAACCGCUGAACAUUGUGGAGAUACGCCGUGACAUCAUCCGACAAGCCACUCUCUAUGGCUCAAACUAACACUUUGUUGCGUCACCUCCACCGCGUUCACCCCAUUUUGCCAGCAUAUGGGCGUACACUACUGCGAAUGCCUAGAUUCAGCCAGGAGUGAGUCAUUCACGGUGACCAGUAGGUACACCUGGAGUUGGAGAUAGGCAUUCGACAUGCGCUGCGAACGCAGGAUACCGAGCACCUGGUUUCACUGUCGCUGCAAUUGCACAUAGA